GCCUUGUCCUGCGACAACAGCUAAACCCUAGAGCUUAAAAACCUCCAAGCAGCCAGAGAAUCCUUUCCUCCUCCACCCUAGCAGCAGCAGCAGUUCCUCUCUCUCCUUCCCUUCUCCCACCAACACCAGCUCCCAAUCAAUUAUUCAGGUUAAUAAUAAUGGCAGAAACUACUCAGAUGGAAAUCGAGACCGCGACAAAAGCUGUCCCCUUACCGGCAAAACCAGUCUUCAAGCCUCUGAAAGCACACGAGAUGUCCGACGGCAAAGUCCAGUUCAGAAAAAUCCCUGUUCCACCGAACCGUUACACACCUCUCAAGAAAGCGUGGCUAGACAUCUACACUCCGGUCUACGACCAGAUGAAAGUAGACAUAAGGAUGAACCUCAAGUCCCGCAAAGUCGAGCUCAAGACCCGAGCCGACACCCCUGACGUCAGCAACCUCCAGAAGUCCGCUGACUUUGUUCACGCCUUCAUGCUAGGUUUCGAUAUCCCUGACGCGGUGGCGCUUCUGAGGAUGGACGAGCUGUAUGUUGAGUCGUUUGAGAUUAAGGACGUGAAGACUUUGAAAGGGGAGCAUUUGUCGAGGGCCAUUGGGAGGUUGUCGGGGAAAGGAGGGAAGACGAAGUUUGCGAUUGAGAACUCGACGAAGACGAGGAUUGUUAUUGCGGAUACGAGGAUUCAUAUCUUGGGGGCGUUUACUAAUAUUAAGGUUGCGAGGAGUUCUCUUUGCAGUCUUAUUAUGGGAUCUCCUGCGGGGAAAGUUUACUCCAAGCUUCGUAAUGUUAGUGCUAGAUUAGCUGACUAGUAUGCUUUCUUGAGUUUUGUUCGAGUUUAUUAUUUUGUAUUGCUUCAGAAAUACACAUGUUUCGUCGAGUUGUCUAAACAUCUGUUUACCAAUUUUCAGACAUAAACUAAAGGUUCUGUUCGGAAAAAGAAUGGUUUGUAUUGAGUUGUCAUUCCUAGUGUUAUAUUCAAAUUUUUCAUGGUUUUA